AUGCCCGAAAUCGCUGAAGGGAAGUCCUCUCAGCAGGGUCGCAGGGGAAAUACUUUUGGCUGGAUCCACAUCCGUGGCGAGCAAACCGCCUACACCAACUAUUACAAGCGCAUGUCUGACGAAGACAAGGCAGCCUGGCCGCCUAAGUACUGGAAGUUCCAUCUCAUCACCGAGGACCCUGCAGUUGAGGUAGCCUUCACAGACCCCCGACGCUUCGGCCGCGUACGUUUGGUAGACUGUCCCGGCGACAGCAUCAGGAAGUUCUCGCCGCUGGUUGAGAACGGUCCUGAUCCUGUUGUUGACCCGGAAGUGUUUACGGAGGAGUAUCUUCGUGAUAAGAUGCGUUCGCGUCAUGUCCCUAUCAAAGCGCUCUUGUUAGACCAGACGGUGAUUAGCGGUAUCGGGAACUGGGUAGCUGACGAGACACUGUACCAUGCACGGUUACACCCAGAGCAGUACUGCGACGACUUUAAUGACGAGCAGAUCAAGCAGCUUUACGAGUCGAUACGCUACGUUUGCCAGUUUGCUGUAGACAAGCUCGGUGACUCGGACCAGUUCCCCGCAGACUGGCUCUUCCACUACCGUUGGGGAAAGGGGUCAAAGGGGGCAGUGGGCCAUCUGCCUAGCGGCGAGAAACUGGCUUGGCUUACGGUUGGUGGUCGAACGAGUUGUUAUGUGCCGGAGCGGCAGAAGAAGAGUGGCCGCGUUGUGCCGGGCGUGAAGGAGGAGCUUGUUGACUCUGGGAAGGAAGAGAAGCCGAAAGGGGGUAGGGCGAAGAAGGUUAAGGAAGAGCCGGUUGAAGGAGCCGAAGAGCCGAAAUCAAAGGGGCCAGGCAGGGGCAGAAAAGUAAAGGAGGAACCUACUAAGGAUGAGGGUGAAACAUUGCAGGCGAAAAAGGUAGUGCUGGUUAAGACUGUCAAAGCCGAGACUGAAAAACCAAGGGGUAGACGGAGGAAGGCUGAAGAUGAGACCUCGACCACUGAGACAUCGGCCUCAAUGCGAACAAGAACAGCAAAGAAAACCAAGAGAGAGGAAGUAGCGGUCGAGGCAAAAGCCGACGGAAGACGUCGAUCCAGCAGGUUACGGACGAAAACCACUUCGGAUUAUUUCGAAUCUAGCUAA